GUAAAAACGAUAUUGGAUAUUGGACCACAGUGCUCAAGUCUUACAGUAAUAUAUCCCGCUGUUUAGAAAGCUGGGUCUUCAAGGAUAUGUCGUAGUGGAUGUUAGAUAGACGGUGUUGAUUUCUUUAGGAUUCGGCUUGAUGAAAGUUCGUUUUGGAAGUGCUCAUUGACCGAACUAGUGCUACUCGGUUACCGCUAAAGUCUUAUUCAUGGGUAAUUCAUCUGUUGCAUGAGUACCCUAUAGCGAUAACCUUUAAUAUUGUGAGGAGAGUGUUGAAGCAACUGCUGUAGGUGUCUUUUUUUCUACAUGAGUCUUGAGCUUCCCAACUAAUAUGCAGUAUGGAGGCUCGAGAUCAGUUUACUAACCUAAUACUUCCUCUCUUUAGAUCUUAUAAUGCAGGGACUGGUAAAUUAUCUGGUUCUUAUGAUGAUAUCUGAUCUUAAGACAUGUCCUUAUCAUGGCUUUGCCCUCGUAUUUCUUAAAGAUAAAACUAGGCCGUCACAUUUCGAAGACCGGCAAUUCACUUUUGGGAACUCCGAAAGUGGUCACAUCACACAGUACCAAACUAAUUCUAGUGUAAUUUAGCCUUUGGAGCCCUUCGUUACCUUCAACGGUCUCUCUUAGCAGCAAAUUCAGUGUGCGUAGCAGAGAUAUUGCUACAGAGCAGGUUUGGUACUUUUGUAUUCUUCUGACAUACAGUUAACACUGCCCGCACGUGAGUGAAUAAAGGCUUCUCUGCAUAUCAUAAGGCAUUAGGUGACCAGCAGUACGAAACUCUGUUUAGUAUAGUAUGACAAAGCGGGUUGUACACGGUUGACUCGAUUUUAUAAUUCCAGCAGUGGAUGGCUGAAGUCUUGAGAAAUUAUUAAUGCUUUCUGUAUUUUUUCAGAGUGUCUAAUGGAUCUGUGUUGAGACAAUAUCACUGAGCUCGGUACCUGCAGCACCACUUAGAACAUUUUCACCAAGUUGCCCUUAAUUUUUAAGCAUCACUUGAUCCGUAUAUUCAACUCAGCAGUAUGACGUAAGUUAUUGUUACAAAUGGAGCAGUGAGGUUUCUGUAUUACUUCUUAGCAAGGCUGGCCACGCGCUUUGGUCGAUCAGUUGAGAGAUGUUAUCUUACGCGGUCACACCAUGCAUUUAUUUGUUACUGUAGGAGUUGGUACCUGAUAAAUCCAUCCAUUUCUUCCUAACUUGACUAAGAAAUUAAUCAUUUGUGAUUUCUAUCUCAUUUGAAGGUGACAUUGCUUCUGUCUAACCAAAAUUGAUAACUUGGAUUUCAAUGGCUCAUUGGGACUCAUACGGAUCCUAUUGGCAAGGUGCUUACCCACCAUAUUAUGAUUAUACGCAGCCUACUAAGACUUAUGACUACAAUCAUCAAACCGUCCCAGUCCCAUUAGGUGUGGAUGAAUCCUCGACGCCUCCACCACCCGGAGUAGAAUCCUGCAGUCAAGAAGGUGAUACAGCUGCAGUCCCAACUUGUGUGACACCGUAUAACGCAUCUUGGUCUACACCUGCUCCCUUCCAGUCGCAGGGCCAUGGUAGCACCUAUCACUAUCCACCAUAUGAAAUGACAGCACAGAAACCUGCGGUCCCAGAAGAACAGUAUCCUUAUGGUCCGCCAGUAUUUAUGUUUCAAAAUCAAACAGGAAGUGGCUGGGAUGCAUUGGGACUUCUCUUAAACCCCCAAUCUAACGGACAUGCGGUUCAAUCGAGUGGCGUGCGGCCCAACUUUGGGACACCUACACACUCCACUUGUAUGACAGUGAACGGUCCACUGUUUCCAUUCCGGGACAAUCAAGGUCCUUCAUAUCCUGCAUCAAAUGUACGUGCUUCGAAUGCAACUGCUUGCACACCGCUGUCCCAAGAAGCAUUAAAACAGCCUCCAGCCAGCUUUCAAGAUAAAGGAGCAAAAGAACAGUGGAGCGAUGAACUUAAGGAGUAUGUUCAGCGAGCAUUUUGCAGCAUUGAUACCAGCGAGGAAAAAGAUCAGAUGGAACGUAUUUUGAAGGAGAAGCUAGAGUACAUAUUCCGAAAUAAUAUCAAAGUUGAUUGGAAAACCGAAAAUAUCCCGACUAUCCCCAGUCGCGCAAUUGCUAGUUUUCGCAAGUCUUUUGGAAUAAGACCUAAUUCUGUCAAUGUCGUACGACCUGUUCAACUUCCUGGGCCUCGUGGACUUCGCCCAACAGGUCCACGGGUAUCGCCACGUCUGCCUGUCGGACAUUUGACGAAAGGUGGCCGCAAUAUGUUUUCUUCAUUUGUUGAAAGUACAUCAGUAUCCAAAAAGUUGCCUUCAAAAUCUCGCUCCCCUAGCCGUUCACCUGUUACCAAGUCUUUGAAAGCCUGGCGAAGAAAGCGUUCAUAUAGAUCCAAGUCUAGUUCGACCUCAAAAUCACCUAAUUCUCACCAUUCCUCAUCUUCAAGUAGUAUCAGGACAAAACGUUACCGGCGUCGGGAUUCUCGAUCGCACUCUGGCUCUCGACAAACACAGAAAAAAGUGAAAAAUGUGAAGGAUUCUCAGAAAAGACCACUACCUGACACAAGAGGAAAAUCCAAGAGUGGACAACGAAAACGCGGUGGCACUCAAUCUAGUGCUGAUUCAAGUGCUGACUUUAACAUCUCAAGUCAGGACAGGACAGUCUCAAGAGGUCGCGGGCGGGGCAACUGGCGUGGCAAACAUGGAAGUGCUACUUCAAAACAUACUACUCAAACUGAAUCUCGUUUAUCACAACGAGCUAGUCGAUUUAAAGAUCAUCUUCCUGAACCGCAUGCGGUCGGAUCGGGUUCUAUUGCACGGACUACUAGCCAACUACUUUCCACUUACACUGACGAACAUGAUGACUUGAUUGCUGAUUUUGGCAGUUGUCAAAUUGUUGGUACUAUGCAGGAAGUAGAAAAGCAAUUUUUAAGACUAACCCGAGCUCCGGAUCCAUCGGAAGUGAGACCACUAUCUGUUUUGAAAGUUUCCCUAGAAAAUGUCAGAGAAAAGUGGCAGUCCAAUGCCGAUUACAGCUGGGCUUGUGAACAAUUCAAAAGUAUCCGUCAGGAUCUAAUAGUGCAAGGCAUUGAAGAUGACUUCGCUGUGUCUGUUUAUGAAGCACAUGCAGAUGCAGCUUUAGACGCCGGAGAUUUCGAAGAAUUUCAUCAGUGUCAAAGCCAGUUAUUGCGACUUCACAAAGAGGGUUUAGGCUCUGAUAGACUAUUGGAGUUUACUGCUUAUAGACUUCUUUAUUAUAUUUUCACUGUUGAUAUUUUAGGUAUCAACACCAUUAUGGCAGGUUUGCGACCCACUCACAAAACAAAUCCUUGUGUGGCGUUUGCCUUAAAACUACGAUCUGCGUGGUCCUUGAAUAAUUAUCACCGGUUUUUUAAACUUUUGUAUCCAGCCGAUGAGGAGCAGCAGCCUCCUUUGCGAUGCAAACAGGUAGUAAACUGGUUUAUUGAUCGCGAAAGAAGGGAAGUUAUCAAGCUCGUCUUCAAAGUUUUCCGUCCCACUAUAAGCCUCUCUUUCAUCUCAAACCUAGCUGGCUUCUCCUCGAAUAAUCUAUGCAAAGACUUCAUUUGUAAAGAGUUCGCAAUAUCAGAAGAUUCACUGGAGCCACUGGAAAGGAUGGAUACGAAGACAGUUUGGAGCCACCUAUGCUCAUGACCCAACAAAAUCAAAAUUCGCUGGAGAUCAUUCAUUCUACGCAGUAUCAACUCGACGGAUCAUCGAGAAAUUUAGUGGAAGCGGGGCCUGAGUUGACAAGUCAGAUUUUUGUACAUAGAAAGAAUUUAUUUUUUAAAUAUAAAAGUUAUUUAAUCUCAUACUGUGUAUGGGAAUUUUGUGGAGCAGUAGUCGGCGUAAAUGUAUAGGAGGACACGAGGGUUUGCAUAACGUUGUCCGGACCAUUCCCAUCAGAACUCCGGAAAGUGACAAGAGAAAUUUUGAACACUGGCUUGUCAAACUCCGAAUGGAUCAGUAUGUCUAGACUAUGGUUUCUUGUCGGAUGAUCAAGUAUUUUGAAAGCUUCGGUGUUCCCGGCGUCUUGCAUCGGUUGGAGAUUUGUUAUUAUGGGUGAGGAAAUAGAAACGUAUUUAAGAGAAUAACAGUGCUUCAUAUAUUGUAGGAAUAUCCAGGUCUAGCAUUGGAUGUGUUAUGGGAAAGUGGAAGCGGCCUGUAUACUUGAAUUCAGGUUGGCUACGUGACAUGUUGUGUAGGUUCGGGAUUGUGGCGUCCAUUCUGGUUAACGGGUGAUCUCGACUUAUGAACGAAUUCUCCUACUAAGUCAGCUUAAAAGACACGUCUCCCUGGAUUGUCAAGUAGUGUAUUUCAUAGCGUAUCCACUCACUGACUCGAUAUCGGUACUGAGAACACGUGUCUUGUGUUGAAGAUCUUCACACUGACGUCAACAGAAGAAGUGCACGGUCAGCUCACUGACGUGCUUUCAUAGGCGUGAUCAGCACAAAUUCUCGAAGUGAAUCUGCGAAUCACUUCACAUAUGAUGUGACGUCCGUAGUGAAAGAGUCUAAGAGUUCACGCCUUGCACGGAUAUCACAUCUAAUGGCAGAUGGC